GGAUGCUCAGUAACGGUUCGUGGUCACGAUGAAAGGCCUGAUUAUUUCGCUGUUUCUUUCGCUUGCCCGUGCCGUCGUCGUGACGCAAGCUCAGCUUGACGUUCCGGGUGUCAAAGUCGUCAGCUCGCCGGAAGAAGUCCCAGCUUUGGAUACUUGUAACCCGGGAGAAAAUAAAAUGUUUUAUUGCUCAGAUUGCAAUACACUUGCUUUUUGUGGCAACCCAGCAGCGACGAUUCCAUGCGACAGCGAGUUUCCUUACUGCAACCCUGGUGAAGGACAAUCUAGCUGUCUCGAUACACCAGCCCCUAGUUGCACAUCUGAACCUGGCCCUAUCACAUGCUCCUCGGUCGGGGUUCUUCCAGAUCCCGACUGCACCAUUUAUCACGUCUGCCUCAAAGUGGGAAAUGUAUCGGAUGUCUACAAAUGUCCAGCGGGAACCAACUUUAACCUCGCAACGCACAUGUGUCGAGCUGGAAAUGCUAAUACCUGCGUUAGGAUUCAAUGCGGCGUCACCACUGGCUUCGUUUACUAUGGAAAUUCACGUCAGUACUACGCGCUGUGUACAGUGGUAAACGGGCAGGUCACUUCAACGAAUAUAUAUCAAUGCCCCAACCGUGCAACAUUCGACAUGAGAACUAAAUCCUGUGUGUAUAGCUGUCCCGGACAAGGAAAUUUUGCCAACUCUAACGACCCGGCUACCUAUUAUCAGUGCGCAAUCGUCAAUGGUCGGCCGGUGGCUAAUCUGAAGAGAUGCCCUGCUGGUAGGAUAUUCAAUCAGACGCUGUCGUAUUGCGUUUAAUUCUGGACACGAGAUGAUUGCUUUGUAUCAACUCAUAGAUUGACCACGAAAAAAUAAAGUAGAUAUAGUACGCAUGAACACAAGUAAAAAUCAAGUCAUUUGAAUCGGCCUCUACAAAACACACAGUUCGAAAAGAUCGUUAAACUUGAUAACAACAGAACGAACCCAAGAACUAUCUCUUGUUUCUUCCAG